GGAAGCGUCGUCGUCUUCGUUUUUCCGCCAUUGGAAAUGAAUUUGGAGCUGAAUUCCAGAAUCGAGGAAGCUAGCUUCAAACUUUUUCAGCCAUGGUGGAUUCCGAAUCGCCGUCCCUCGGUAAGCGGAAAGAGCCCGAAGAGUCCGAAGCUCCUCCUCCUUCUCAAGACUCUGCAAUGCGCAGCCACAAUUCGACUCGCACGUGCGUCCACGAGGUCGCCGUCCCCACCGGCUAUGUCUCCUCCAAGGACGAGGCUGUCCACGGAACCCUAGCCAACCCUGUCUUCAAUGGGGAAAUGGCCAAAUCCUACAGCUUCUCCCUCGACCCCUUUCAGAAGGUCUCCGUCGCCUGCCUGGAGCGCAACGAGUCCGUUCUCGUCUCCGCCCACACCUCCGCCGGCAAAACUGCUGUCGCCGAGUACUCCAUUGCCAUGGCCUUCCGCGAUCGCCAGAGAGUCAUUUACACUUCCCCAUUGAAGGCGUUGAGCAACCAGAAGUACAGAGAGCUCAGCGAGGAGUUUCAAGACGUCGGCUUGAUGACCGGCGACGUCACGCUCAGCCCUAACGCCUCUUGCCUUGUCAUGACCACCGAGAUUCUCCGCGGAAUGCUCUACAGAGGCUCCGAGGUUCUCAAGGAAGUCGCUUGGGUCAUCUUCGAUGAAAUUCACUACAUGAAGGAUCGAGAAAGAGGAGUUGUUUGGGAGGAGAGCAUCAUAUUCUUGCCACCGGCAAUCAAGAUGGUUUUCCUAUCAGCAACAAUGUCGAAUGCCACCGAGUUCGCAGAGUGGAUCUGCAACCUGCACAAGCAGCCGUGCCAUGUUGUGUACACGGAUUUCCGGCCAACCCCUUUGCAGCAUUAUGUGUUUCCUGUUGGUGGGAAUGGGUUAUACCUUGUUGUCGAUGAGAACGAACAGUUUAGGGAGGAUAAUUUUGUGAAGUUGCAAGACACAUUCUCAAAACAGAAGAUUGGUGAAUCCAACAACAGGAGUGCAAAUGGCAGGGCAGGUGGGAGAAUGGCAAGAGAAAGGGCGGCUUCUGGGGGUUCUGACAUAUUCAAAAUAGUGAAGAUGAUCAUGGAAAGAAAGUUCCAGCCAGUUAUUAUUUUCAGCUUCAGUAGAAGAGAGUGUGAACAACAUGCCAUGUCCAUGGCCAAGCUUGAUUUCAACACCCAAGAGGAAAAGGAUACAGUAGAACAUGUUUUUCGUAAUGCCAUUCUCUGCUUGAAUGAGGAAGACAGAGAAUUACCUGCUAUUGAGUUGAUGCUGCCGCUACUUCAGCGAGGCAUUGCUGUUCAUCAUUCUGGCCUUCUUCCUGUUAUCAAGGAGUUGGUAGAGAUUCUUUUCCAAGAAGGAUUUGUGAAGGCACUUUUUGCCACAGAAACGUUUGCUAUGGGUUUGAAUAUGCCAGCGAAAACUGUUGUUUUCACAGCAGUUAAGAAGUGGGAUGGGGAUAGUCAUCGUUUCAUUGGGUCAGGUGAGUAUAUCCAGAUGAGUGGAAGAGCUGGGCGUCGUGGCAAAGACGAGCGUGGUAUUUGCAUUAUAAUGGUCGAUGAGCAGAUGGAGAUGAAUACUCUCAAGGACAUGGUUUUGGGUAAACCAGCUCCUUUAGUGAGUACCUUUAGACUGAGUUACUACUCCAUUUUGAAUCUGAUGAGCCGUGCUGAAGGCCAGUUUACUGCCGAGCAUGUGAUAAAGAAUUCAUUCCAUCAGUUCCAGUAUGAGAAGGCUUUACCUGAUAUAGGCAAAAAGGUUUCAAAGCUUGAGGAGGAAGUUGCAAUGCUCGAUGCAUCAGGAGAGGCUGCUGUUGCUGAAUAUCAUAAAAUCAAACUUGAUAUAGCCCAACUUGAGAAAAAGAUGAUGUCAGAAAUUAUGAGGCCUGAAAGAGUUCUAUACUUCCUUCAACCUGGUCGACUGGUCAGAAUUAGAGAAGGUGGAACAGACUGGGGUUGGGGAGUUGUAGUUAAUGUUAUUAAGAAGCCAUCGACAGGGUUGGGUUCAAUCUCUUCACGCGGGGGUAUUUAUAUAGUGGAUACCUUGCUACACUGUUCUCCUGGUUCAAGUGAGAAUAGUUCGCGGCCAAAACCAUGUCCACCUCGUCCUGGAGAGAAGGGUGAAAUGCAUGUGGUCCCUGUGCAGUUACCACUAAUUUCUGCUCUCGGCAGACUCAGGAUAUCUGUUCCUCCUGAUCUGCGGCCAUUGGAGGCACGGCAAAGCAUUCUGCUUGCAGUACAGGAACUGGGAAAUCGUUUUCCCCAAGGUCUUCCAAAGUUGAAUCCAGUAUCGGACAUGGGCGUUGAAGAUGCUGAAAUCGUGGAAUUGGUCAAGCAAAUCGAGGAGCUUGAGAAACAGCUUUAUUCUCAUCCACUACAUAAGUCCCAAGAUGUGAAUCAAAUUAAGUCCUUUCAGAGGAAAGCAGAGGUGAAUCAUGAAAUUCAACUACUUAAGUCAAAGAUGCGUGAUUCUCAGCUUCGAAAGUUCCGAGAUGAACUCAAGAACCGAUCACGAGUCUUGAAAAAACUUGGUCAUAUUGACGCCAAUGGUGUUGUACAGUUAAAGGGGAGGGCGGCCUGCUUGAUUGACACAGGGGAUGAACUCCUCGUUACCGAGCUGAUGUUCAAUGGGACAUUCAACGAUCUUGAUCAUCACCAAAUUGCGGCUCUUGCAAGUUGUUUUAUUCCGGGAGAUAAAUCAACUGAGCAGAUACAAUUGAGGACAGAACUUGCCAGACCAUUACAGCAACUUCAAGACAGUGCAAGAAGGAUAGCAGAGAUACAACAUGAAUGCAAACUAGAAAUAAACGUGGACGAGUACGUGGAAUCAACAGUUAGGCCAUAUUUGAUGGAUGUGAUAUAUUGUUGGUCAAAGGGUGCAAAUUUUGCUGAUGUCAUACAAAUGACUGACAUUUUUGAGGGUAGUAUCAUUCGAAGUGCUAGAAGGCUUGAUGAGUUUUUAAACCAGUUGCGUGCCGCAGCUCAAGCGGUGGGAGAAGUCAAUUUAGAGAACAAAUUUGCCGCAGCAAGCGAAAGCCUCUGUCGGGGUAUAAUGUUUGCGAAUUCCCUGUAUCUGUAAACUUUUGACCCUAGUUUUCAACAUUUCACUGACAGUAAAUGCUGUGUGGUUUCUUAGUUUCGAAUGGACCGAUAGUAUAGAGCUUCCUUUUGUUCCCCUUUGUUUUCAUUUGCGUCAUGCUCUCUUAUAAUCUCUCUUUCUCUGUAUUGAAUUAUUAUUAGACGUUGUAUACGUCCUAACUUGGAAAACCAAGUAGGAAACAUAAAGAAGUGUUCAAGGGUUCAACAAAUUUUUGAGAAAUUUCAUGACGUGUUUGUGACACUU